CUAGAAAGGUGGGUUGAAAAAUUUGUGUAUUUAGACUUGGUUAGUGAUCCGUUUCUUUCGACAUUUCCGUCGGUAGCUGAUCAACCAGACAUGAUCAACUUAGUACGAUCACUUUGGGCAACGCGAGCAAAAGCAUUAAGCAAUAAGGCAAGUUUAAAAAUUGCAGAAGAAGAAGAAACUUUGGAGUUUAAAAAGCUAUACAUGCGCAGUGUCUUUAUAAUACAUAAGACACUGGCACUUCCGAAAUACAAUUUAAAAAAUUCGACAGAUCUUGCAAAACGUCACGUGGCUUUAAAAUCGCUGGUCGAGCAGUAUUACUUAAAUCAAAAUGUCGUCAAAUUUUUAUCGUUGCACAAAUGCAAGCCAAUUAAUGUUUUUGAUUACACAGUUGAUUUAGUUGGACCGCAUGCUAUCGAUUAA